AUGACGCGAUCACCAGACAAAUUUUUAUCCAAAAGCAAAUUCAUUCUGCGGAGUAAAUCCACAAAAUCAAUCGUACCUCUUGCUUCAACUCAACGUACAAUUCCGUAUCCACUUUCUUUAGAUUGUCUCAUAAAUAUUAUUGAAUAUUUAAAAAAUGACCGUGCAACUUUAUAUUCAUGUGUAAUGGUCAAUCGAAUAUGGUGUAAAACCUCAGUGCCAUUACUUUGGAGUCGACCAUUCGAACAUCAAAUGUUUGGAAAAGAAGUAACAAUAUUACAAACAUACAUCUCAUGUCUCAAUUUUCAUGACAAAGCUCAAUUAAUUGAUCAUGGAACCCAAUUACCUGAUAUGCCGAAUCCUACAUUCGAUUACCCAAGAUAUUUGCGUGGAUUCGAUAGCGAAAAUUUCGAUCGUGCUAUUGAGGAUUGGAUGAUGAUGGUAUGUCUAGCCAUGGAUUCAGAUUACGAAGCUAGGGUUAAACUGUGUAAUAGAGUUAUAGGAAAUUUAUUAUUUAGUCGAACUAAUGGGUUAAAAGUCUUGAAAAUUGAUCGGGGAGAGAUUGAGGAUAGUUGUCUAAUGAAUAUUGUGAAUUUAAAUGACAAAAUAUCAGAAAAAGAAA